CCGUCACCCACCGGGGUUGGAGGUGCCGCCCGGAGCCCCUUUCCCACCCGGCCCCGCAGCGGAGGAGCGGCCGCCCCACGGGACCCAGCGUGGGCCAUGGACGCACAGCAUCUGUGCAUGGAGGAGAGGUGGCUGAGCGCGCGCGUGCUGUGCCGGAUGUGCUGCAUGGAUGAACGGGACAGAGUCCAAAAGAAAACCUUCACUAAAUGGGUCAAUAAACACUUGAUGAAGGUGCGCAAGCACAUCAAUGACCUCUAUGAGGACCUGAGGGACGGCCACAACCUCGUCUCGCUGCUGGAGGUGCUGUCAGGCGUGAAGCUGCAAAUAGAGCCGCCAGCUCAGAGGAGCCUCCGCCUGGUGAAAGCGCCGGCCUGGUGCCGUGCCAGCAGCGAGGAGCGGGAGGAGGAGGAAGAUGAUGAUGAAGAACCCCGCGAGAAGGGCCGGAUGCGAUUCCACAGACUGCAGAACGUGCAGAUCGCGCUGGAUUUCCUGAAGCAGCGGCAGGUGAAACUGGUGAACAUUCGCAACGAUGACAUUACAGAUGGAAAUCCCAAGCUCACCCUGGGGCUCAUAUGGACCAUCAUCCUCCACUUCCAGGUAGGCAGCAAACCCUUCUUCCUUGCGGGGCGUGGGCUGCUCCCAGCGCGCUGAUGUCAGUCCAUGCACACACGUUCCGGGUGAUGCUGGAGCACCGAGCGGGCGGGGGUUCACGUGCAUGGCAGUGCCAUGGAGACUGGUGCUGGAGAAUAACUACUCCCUUGUCUCAUCAUUUACAUAAUUAAAUUGUUGAUGAUGGGCUGUGUGCUGUGGCCUCGGCUUGGCACCGCGGUGGUUGGCAGUGGCUGUUGCUCAGACGAAUCCUCUGGAGGAGAGCAAGAGUGGGGUGGCUGGUGGGGGUGGGAUGGAUGCACUGCUGUCAGCAUGGGCUCAUUAGGAUGGCACACGUGGGCUGUGUGGCCGUGGGCUGGGAUGGGGUGCGAUGCUGUCUGACCCAGGCAGGGGUGCCGUUACGGUCACCUCCAGCAGCUGGGUGCUACGGAUGCAAAACAGACUCUUGGGUCUUUGAUCACCUCGGGUUGUGCAGAGAUAGCUUUGGUACCCUUAGGGAGGAGACAUGUGGCCCCAUUGAUGUGCCAAGCUGGGGAGGACAGCGCUCAGCUGGGAAGGGUCAAACCUGGUGUUCAGGGGUGGGCACCAGCCUUGGGGUCCCACUGUGUGUGCAGUGCCCGAGGAGCAGAGCCGGGGCUGGAGGUGGUGGCAGCCGUGAGCUGGUGGCUGUGGCCCAAAGGCCGUCCCCCGUUCCCUGACGUGUCCUCAGUGGCAUUUUCCAUGCGAGACGAGUGCUGGUUUGAGGCCCCUUAAGGAAGCUUUUCAUUUCCAGAGGCUGAGCUGCAGCCCCCAGGGAGCUGCUGCCUUGGCUGCACGGCGUGGCCGUUGGUUCCUUCCAAAAACGUGACGGCUUUCGGGGUGAAGGCAUUUCUGGCUGUGGACAGGGGCCAGGGCUGCUGUGUUCCCAGGACAUGGCUGCUGCCCAGUGCCCUUUCCGAUGGCAUUUCUAGGGGAUGACAGCAUCCCUGCUAAUGGGGAGGAAUGAGGACGAUGCGAGGACGUCCCUGGGUGCUCCUGCUUGUCUGGAGACACCUGCAUGCCCUGUGCCGGAGUGGCCGCGUGGCCGUGGCAGUGCCCCGUGUUACUGGGGAGGGUCUUUCUGGGGGAAGGGGGGGAGGGGCAAAUAGGGUGUGAGCCCCCAGUGGAGUGCUGUGGUGUGGUGACCCUGGGGUCCAGCGGGGCCGUAGCACUGAUGAGACCCGGUCCCAUCUGCUGGGGGUGCUGGGAGCUGCCCGUGCUCCCCUCGCCCCACUGCAGGCAGGCAGCCCUGAGCCUGCGCACGUCCUCCCUGCGCCAGCGGGAUUUUCUCUGGGCUGUAGCUCCAUUGUGAGCCUCUUAAUCUCCCGUAUCCUGGUGCUGCAGCCGGCGGCUCCGACAGCGAGCAGAGUGGUGUGGGGCGGGAUGGUGGCAGUGCUGGGUGCUGUGAUCCGGGUCGGCGCUGCCCCGUGUUCUGGGGCUGGUGGUGUCCAUGGGUCCCUUGUCACAGAGGAGUGACUCGGGAGGUGGCUGUGGUUGGGCUUUGUCCCUCCAUCUUUAUCUUCUGCUUAUUUGCUGUCUCAUCCCUGCUGCUGGCACGUGGUCCCCUGUGCUGUGGGUGCCGUGCGCUCCUUGCAGCGUUGCAGCGCCCAAUGCAGGACGUGGGGCUGAGCCCAGCAGGGUCUGCAGUGCUCUCUGGGGCGGGGGCUGCUGUCGUAUCCCGCUGAUACCAAAGGCUGCUGUGUCCGUGGGGCUGCCCCAGCACUGUCCGUCCGGGCGGGGGGUGGGCACGUGAUGUGUUGCUGGGGCUGGAGGGAUUUCAGUGCCGGGGGCACGAUGAGAGCAGCCUUCCCGGAGCGCCCCGUGGGAGCUGGCAGCAUUCUGCAUCCCUGUGCCUAUGCCUAUCCCCGUCCGUGUGCGUGCAGAGCGGCUCUGACUCCUCCCUGCUUUUUUCCCAUCUCUUUCCCACCCCUUCCUUUAUGUACCUUUCCCAACCUUCCCAUUUUCUUGUGGCUUUUCUUUCCCUCCCUACCCCUCCCAGCCUCCCCUCCCCUUUCGCUGCUUUCCGUCUGGUUCCUGCUCUCUGUUUGUGUUGGCUGAGGGCAGUGCUCCAAUUACCUCAUAUUUGGAGAGAGAAAGCCGCAGCCAAUCCGCUCUCCGUCUGCUUUUAGGUCAAGUGAUUUCUGAACUGCAGUGAGAUGCUUUGAAUGUGUCUCGCUGCAGCUCGGGCUGUAAGAUGGCUGGCGGCAGCAGGCGGGUGUGCGGGGAUGCCGGGGGCCGCCCGCGGCGCUGCGCGGUGCGAAACGUGCGCUGAGCCCAUGAAGCUGACACUGGGAUUUCUUUGGGAGCCGGAGAGCAGAGUAGAGGCGGCAGUGGUGGCGGCGUUCCCGGUGCUUUCGGCGCCGAGGAGAUGGGGAGUUCUCUGGGCUGCGUUAAAGAGCCGAAAGAAAAAGCUGCCGGGCUGGCUCCGCUGCCCCCCAAAAAAAGGGUUCGCUUCAAACGGAGGAGGAGGGGGAAGAAGAGAGCGGUGC